AUGUCGCAUAGCGAUGAGGACGAACAUGGUUCGCAAAGCGACACACUUGUGGAACAGUGUGAGAUCUGCCGCAGUCUGAACCUCGAUAUAGAUAAUUUUAUCGUGAGGCCAUCUCGGCAACCAGGGCGACGACGCAAACCCUCGACUUUUCCUCUAGUCUCUUCCACUGCAUCCUUAAAGCUGGGCACGUUUAAAAGUAUCUCCGAACGACAUUUGGAUGGCUGCAGCUUCUGCGGCCUAGUUCUAGCUUCAGCAAGAACCUCCUCGCCAAGGUCCAACGGGGAGGAGACGCAGUCUGGUGCUGUAUGUUACAUGCGAUGGGAGAUCGACGGACGGCGCGCGGCUGCAAAUACCCACACAGGUGGGCAAGAUGUUGGGUUUCAAACUCCUGGAGGCAUCACGCGACGCAUCCGCUUGUGUUGGGAUGAGGCAGAUCUAGAGGAUGCGUACCUGGUUGCUGUCGCACAACAAAGAUAUCUCACCACGCUAUCAGACGCCCACCGUGCCUGGAGCGCGGAUUCGCUUUUUCUUGGGCGACAAAUCGAUCAUAACGGCCUCAACCAAGCAAGACUGAAUAGUUGGAUCGACUUGUGCAAAACACAUCAUCCGCACCCAUGCAACGAUUGGUACAGCAGUGAGACGCCACAGAAGUUCCGAGACAUGUUAACGCAUUCUUAUUUUGGUGUCAUUGACGUUGUCAACAUGCAGCUGGUCCAACUUCCAACAUAUCCCUCACGCCAGGGCGCCCGACCUGCAUCUUACGCGGCACUCAGUUAUGUCUGGGGUGAAGAUAAGACAACCUUCAGAACACUGAAAAACAAUGUUAAUGCCCUGCGAAUGCAUGGCGGUCUAGAAAGGUUUCUGCCCGAGCUAUCUCCAGUCAUUCGAGAUGCGAUUGACCUAGUUCGACGUUUAGACUUGCAGUUUAUAUGGAUUGACGCGCUCUGUAUCAUUCAAGACAGCGAAGAUUCUUGGCGGCUCAACGCGUACAACAUGGAUGUAAUCUACGGCAAUGCCGAGCUAACAAUAUGUGCAGCAGAUGGGGAUGGAGCGGAUACUGGCCUGAAGGCUGCUAGACCCUCUGCUACCCGAAGCCCACAUAUAGCAGAGUGUGGCGAAGACCUGUAUCUUAUGCUCGUCCGAACGCCAGAGUCGUACAUCAAAGCAUCCACGUGGAAUACCCGCGCCUGGACAUUCCAGGAACGACUUAUGUCCCGUCGAUGUCUGAUCUUUGUUGAGGGUCGAGUAUUUUUCCAGUGCCCUUCCACUGGAAUGUCGGAGGAUAUUUAUGCGGACAGGGACGGGACAGGAUGGUCGUUGGACCUCGUUGAUGCUCCUAUGCGGAUGUUUAAACAGAUAUCCGAGAGGUCGUUUUGGGUGUAUAUGAACCUUGCGCAGCUGUACAGCUCACGCAAAUUAACAAAAAAGAAGGACAUUCUUGCGGCGUUUUGGGGUAUCACAAUACGUAUGAAGAGGAUUAUGCGAGCGCCGUUCAUUUUCGGAUUACCCAGCUCGCAUUUCGAUCUUGCAAUCUUGUGGCAGCACAUGGGCCCUGCAUCGCGACGAGAACCAAGGAGUGCGGAGGAAUUGUCAGAGUAUGGCGAACACAGAUUCCCUACGUGGAGCUGGACUGGCUGGACAGGGCCUUCCAUCAGCUACAGCCACGACACGCUGGGCGAUUGUCUCGAGAACACAAAGGAGUGGCUGAGAAACCAUACAUGGAUACGUUGGUAUAUCAGGGAUGGAACAGGGGACCUACGCCCACUGUGGGACGAACCCACAUGGCGCAUCGACGACAGUAAAGAUAUCAAGUGGCAAGGUUAUGGCUACAAGCGUACAAGUGGUGCUUAUAUUCCAACAGACUAUACCGAGCGGCGCAACAAUUGGUCUCUGUCACAUAUGCAGGAGGAUAUUGAAGUACAGACCAAGUGGGUUAUUGAACGGGACGGUAGCCCUUCGAGAAGUCUGACUCACAGAUAUUUUGGUCCCGAAACAAGAUCCAACGGUGGGCGCAAUGAUGCUGGUAUUAAUCGCCCGCUGGACUACCGUCCUGAACAAGAUGCCCACUGGACUGCGAGAGACUCGCAGCCAGAUAAUAGUAGAUCAGAACCCCCGGAAAACAAUGAAUUCCUGGCAAACAGGUCAUCGGGCUCUCAGAGAGACGUGCAGCUUAACCGGCAUUACGAACACUUUCCAGGGCCGAUGCGAAGUCAUACUUAUCCAGACGACCCCACCGAGACGAGAUCGCAACGCCCCCAGCUCCAGAAACAGUGGAUUGAACAAAAGGUUACCUUCGAGGAUGAUGCUUUACACGGACAACGACAUGAGAAUGGAGCAGCUAUGGUCCAAGAAGUAAACGAAACUAGAUCUGCGCCUCGCGUGCUGUCGCAACGUUGGGAAAUAAGAAGCACUGGAUCUGAAAGGGAGCGCAACAUCGUGCCGCCAGCCUACAACAGCGACCGUGGCCGAGACGAAUUAAAGCCAAAGUACGAUGACAUGUUCAUGCCUAACGAGGAUGUGCAACCAUGGCAGACAGAAUCGAGCCCAGAGUUUUUCAUUUCCCCAAAAGAAUAUCCUUAUCCUCCGGUCAUUCACCCACAUAACAGAAACCCAAACAGUGGACGCUCUCCUUUGAUGCCACUACUUCAGUUCUGGACCUGGUACGCGCAAUUGAACAUUGCCUGCCGUGCCAAGGACGCGCCCGCUGAGGCAAACCUACACCCAGGGCUUGAAAGAUGCAGUAUUGCGGACGACAACGGCGACUGGUGUGGCUCUGUUGUCCUCAACAAAAAAUGGGUCAAGAAGUGCAGAUACGCGCAGCAGGAGUUUAUUGCUAUCUCAGAAGCAAAAGCCUUUAGCCUGCUAGAGUGCGAGUUGUGGACAUACUACAUACCUAAAGAACGACACGAGUCUGAGUGGGACGUGUUCUACGUUCUGCUUAUUGAGCGAAAGGAGGAGAAAUGGGAACGAGUAGGAUUAGGCAAAGUUUUCAAAGAGGCUUUCAUGCGGACAGCUCAAUGGAGGGAGAUUAUGCUUAACUAA